UUCUCUACUUGUUCUUCUUCUUCGUCUUAUCACUUCCACUGUAUCAGUAAACGACUCAGGCUCAUCGCCACAGUCCCAGCCAAAACUCACCACCGCAACAAAAUGGCGUCAUCUUCUCCGCCGGAAUCCAAGAAAAUCGCAGCUCCUUUCGGCUCCUGGAAGUCCCCGAUCACCGCCGAUGUUGUCUCCGGCGCCUCCAAGCGUCUCGGAGGCACCGCCGUCGAUUCCCGCGGCCGCCUCAUCUGGCUAGAGUCUCGUCCGUCGGAAUCCGGGCGAGCGGUUCUGGUGAGGGAACCGGAGAGACCGGAAGACGAACCGGUCGAUAUUACGCCGAAGGAUUAUGCGGUUCGAUCUCUGGCGCAGGAGUACGGCGGUGGCGCCUUCCGUGUUUCAGGAGAUACAGUUAUCUUCUCUAACUAUAAGGAUCAACGCCUUUACAAGCAGUCUUUAAGUUCCAAAGAUUCUUCACCAGUGCCGCUCACUCCGGACUAUGGUGGACCGGUUGUUAGUUAUGCUGAUGGGGUAUUUGAUGCACGUUUUAAUCGUUUUAUCACCGUCAGGGAAGAUUGUCGCGAAAGCAGCAUCAAUUCGAUUACAACAAUUGUCACGGUACGGCUAGAUGGAAAUGGCAUUCAGGAAUCAGAAACACUCGUAGGCGGAAGUGACUUCUAUGCUUUCCCGCGUUUGGAUCCCAAAGGAGAACGAUUCGCAUGGAUUGAAUGGUGCCAUCCUAACAUGCCAUGGGAUAGGUCUCAACUUUGGGUUGGGUAUAUAUCUGAGAAAGGAGACGUCACGAAACGAGUAUGUGUUUCUGGCUCUGAUCCUGCAAUCAAGGAGUCUCCAAUUGAACCCAAGUGGUCCUCAAAAGGGGAACUAUUUUUCAUUACUGACCGUAAAAGUGGGUUUUGGAAUCUCUAUAAAUGGGUUGAGUCUACUAAUGAAGUCAUAUCAGUUUAUUCUCUGGAUGCUGAAUUCUCCAAACCACUAUGGGUUUUUGGCUUCAAUUCUUAUGAAUUUAUUGAGAGCCAUGAACAAAAGAACCUAAUUGCUUGCAGCUAUAGGCAAAAUGGGAAAUCAUAUAUUGGAAUUGUGGAUGAUGUUCAGGGAUCAUUAUCUCUUCUUAAUAUUCCUUUCACGGAUAUUGAUAAUAUUACUUUGGGGAUCAAUUGCUUAUAUGUGGAAGGAGCAUCAGAAGUUCAUCCGUUGUCUGUUGCUAAGGUGACAUUAGAUGAUCAAAAAUCAAAAGCAGUUGAAUUCAAGAUUAUUUGGUCUUCUUCACCUGAUUGCUUAAAAUAUGAGUCCUACUUCAGCCUACCUGAAUUGAUUGAGUUCCCAACAGAAGUUCCUGGUCAAACUGCCUUUGCAUACUUUUAUCCUCCAACAAAUCCUAGCUACCAAGGCACUCAGGACGAAAAACCUCCACUAUUACUGAAAAGCCAUGGAGGUCCCACGGCUGAAGCACGUGGAGUUCUAAAUCUGAGUAUUCAGUACUGGACUAGUCGUGGUUGGGCAUUUGUUGAUGUUAACUAUGGUGGAAGCACAGGUUAUGGCAGAGAAUAUCGUGAAAGGCUGUUGAAGAAAUGGGGAAUUGUGGAUGUAAAUGAUUGUUGCAGCUGUGCUAGUUAUUUGGUGGAAUCUGGAAAGGUAGAUGGGAAACGGCUUUGUAUUACUGGGGGUUCUGCAGGUGGGUACACAACCUUAGCUGCUCUUGCAUUUCGAGACACCUUCAAGGCUGGAGCUUCCUUGUAUGGUGUAGCUGACUUAAACAUGUUGAGGGCAGAAACUCACAAAUUUGAAUCUCGUUAUCUGGAUAAUCUUGUUGGUAGUGACCAGGAUUACUUUGAUAGGUCACCAAUCAACUUUGUUGAUAAAUUUUCCUGCCCAAUAAUCUUAUUCCAAGGAUUGGAAGACAAGGUUGUACCCCCAGAUCAAGCUCGUACAAUUUACCGUGCUCUGAAGGAAAAGGGCUUGCCAGUUGCCCUGGUGGAGUAUGAAGGUGAACAACAUGGUUUCCGCAAGGCUGAGAACAUUAUAUUCACUCUGGAACAGCAAAUGGUUUUCUUUGCACGUUUAGUUGGACACUUUAAGGUUGCAGAUGAUAUUAGUCCAAUCAAGAUUGAUAACUUGGAUUGAGCAUUUGACAAGGAGGGUGCCUCAUUCUGGAAUCUUUCACUCUGAUUUUAUGCGAAGGACUAGAUUUGCAGGCUUAGGUUCGUAUACAAACAAUUUGCUAGUUUGUAGGGGUAAUUUUUUAGACAAGCCUGAACGUAUUGCCUACUGUGAAUGACUGCAUCCCUGUGCUGUGAGCGAUGUUUACCUUGAUUGAUACCUUCUGGAAAUGUGAAAGAGUGAAAGCAUUAUGUAACAUCUGAUGUCAACGUUGGUUUCUUCCAAAAUGAACUUUCGGGUUCAGUCAGUUUCUCCUGUAAUCGUGUACAGAAGUUGUGAUUAAGCAUCACAUUAGUUAGUCAAUAACACAGUUCCUGCUGUUAUAAA